AUUUGUUUUGUUUAUUUAUACGUACACUAUCUGGUAUUCGAGCCUUCUUCCUCGAUAUCCACUAUCCCUUCCGCAAUGGCAACCACAACACCCGUUCCUCCAUCGCGCAAACUGAAGGUCGCCUGUGCCGGACUCGGCCGCAUGGGUCAGCGACACGCAAACAACUUUCUUACAAACGUGCCCCGGGCUGAACUCGUCGCGGUAUUCACACCUGCUCCUCAUGAGAUCAAAUGGGCUAGCCAGAAUCUUGCUCCUCUUGGUGUGGCUGUCUACGACGACUACGACAAAAUGCUUGAGCACGAAUCUCUCGAGGCUGUCGUGAUUGCGACCGUCACUGCUGUGCAUGCCGAGCAGGCCCUUAAAGCAAUUGCCAAAGAUCUGCAUGUUCUCUCCGAAAAGCCGAUCUCAAUCUCGGAUGCGAUAUCUCAGCAGGUGAUUGAUGCUGCUGCAAAAAAGCCUCAUCUGAAGCUCAUGUGCGGCUUCAUGCGUCGCUUCGACUCGUCCUAUCGUGAUGUUAAAAACAAAAUUGACGAGGGCCUCAUUGGCAAGCCAAUAAUCUACUACGGCCAGACCGGUGACAAACGCGACCCUUCUGGAUUUUUUGUUCAAUAUGCUCAAUUUUCGGGUGGAAUAUUUGUCGAUUGCACUAUCCACGAUAUCGACCUUGCGCUCUGGUACUUUGGCGAGGACGUCAAGGUCAAGUCUAUAUCGGCCUCGGGUGUUGCGGCUAUUGAGCCUGAUCUCACCCUUCAUAAAGACGUUGACAACGCUGUCGGGACUGUGGAGUUUCAUUCUGGGCAGAUUGCUACCUUCUACGCUACUCGGAUGAUGGCUGCUGGCCAAGAAGACCAAACCUGGAUCUGUGGAACAAACGGCAAGCUUACUGUCAACAUGGCUCCCGCUAUCAAUCAUGUCACUAUUCACGACAGCUACGGAGUUCGUCGCGAGAUUCCGCAAACGUUUUUUGAGCGCUUCCAGCCCGGGUUUGCUGUCGAGGCCAACGAGUUUACCAAAGCGAUCCUAGAUGACCUGCCAGUUCCCAUCGAUCCCAGAGGUGCUGUCCACGCCGUCAAAAUAGCGAAUGCUUUGCAGGAGUCUGUUAUUUCAGGAAAGAAGAUCUACUACGAUGAAAAUGAAAACAGAAUAGAGUAAUCGUGUUCUCCAUAGACUAAAUCAGUCUUUAUUUGCUAGAUUUAGCUUUUCAUAUAAUAUAUU